ACCCUCGCCUCAACAAAAACCUCUCUGCGACGAACCUCAGCGGCCACCACUGUAAAAGCUGAGUUAAACUCACCGGUAACACUCACCGCCGAUCACCGGAUAUUACGGGGUUUCCGUCAUAGGCAUGCUGUGAUGCUCUUCCUUCUCAUUCCUCAAUGCCUUGCGUGAUUUUCUUCUGCAGGUAAAGUUUAUCAUCCCAGAAUAAGAAUAUUUCCCUGCACCUGUUAGGCUGUUGUGAGCAUCUAGCUAUCUAAAACAUUGGUUCCAGCAUCAUAAUACAUGUCCAUAAUGGAUCUGAAACAUAAAGGUAUAACCUGGGUUGGAAAUUUUUUCCAGAAGUUUGAAGCUGUGUGCCAAGAGGUGGAUGGUUUUGUGAGCAAGGAUACAGUGAAAUAUGUUGAGAACCAAUUGCAAAAUAUGGGUGGAGGUGUGAAGAAAUUAUAUUCUGAUGUUGUGCAAGAUGUACUUCCUCCUUUAGUUGAUCCUGUAAAGCAAGAAGCACAAGCUGUGGCUCUGAAAAGCAAUGCUGCCAUUAGCACCUGUUUGAAGUCAAUGAUAAGUUAUGAGGAAACUCAUGUAGAAACUGACGUUAAGGAAUCGCAUAUGGAGCCCAAUGCAGUUGAUCAUGUGAAGGACCAGCUUCCAGAUGCAUCAAGUAGGCUUCACCUCAUAAAUCAUAUUACUCCAACUUCUGUAGAUUCCCUUGAAGAGGCAGAGACUAACUCAUCAUUGCAAAAGGUUGACAAUGUUUUGACUAAUGAAAACCCAAAUGUGGGGACUGAAGAAAAUGCAAUAGAGUAUUCAGCACCUGAAGUGUUGGACUUAAUUUCUCCAGGUGAUAAAGAAUCCUUUGAAGCAUCAUUGUCUGGUGAGUUAAAAGAUGAUAAUCAUGAAAAUGCUUUCGGAGUUCUGGCUGAGGUUUCACCGGCAUCGUCAUUUCAUAGUGUGGAGUUUGAAUGCCCCAGGGCAGCAGUUUGUGAUAGCCCUGCAGAUGUCACUCAGAGCGUUUCUAAUGUUUCAAGUAUUCUUGCUUCUUCUGACUUAGGUUUUUCUGUUGUAUCUGGUGAGAAAACUAUAGCAGAGAUGAGAUCUAUAUUCUCCAGCAGUUCUCCAUUAGCAGAAUCUUGUAGUCUGUCUGGAAAAUCACUGGACAACUCCCUGAAUGUAGUAUCUUGUAAUAAUCCCAGCGAUCAUAUUUGUGAUAGUUUGAGCAAGCUCUCCUCUUCUAUACCUACUCCAAUUGUCUCCUGUGAGAGCAAGACACUUGAGUUAGGACUUGCUUCCACCAGCAGUAUCCUAUCAUUGAAAUCCCUUGAGGAAAACACUUCCAGAAUUAAGGAAAUUCUGUCUUUGACUGAAUCAUCUGGAAAUAGACAUAUUCACUUCUCUGAGUCUGCCCAAGGACCUUCAUAUGACUUGGACAAUGACCCUAGCAUGGAAACGAUUGAAUUGUCUGACAAGGUGAAACUUGAUGAAAGCUGUGUCAUUGUAGAACCUAGUGAGCUUUAUGCUGUUGCUCGCAGAGCCCGAAAACUCAGAUCAUACAGGAAAAAGAUUCAAGAUGCAUUUAAUUCAAAAAAGAGAUUGGCAGCGGAAUAUGAACAGCUUGCAAUUUGGCAUGGAGAUGCUGAUAUGAUUUUUGGCAACGACAAAUGGCAACCUCCUUUGCCAUCUACCCCUGCAACACUCUUAAAUUCGAAGAAUUCGCAAACACAGCUGCCAUGCGACUCCGAAUGGGAGCUUCUGUAGUUAAACAAGAAACUUUUGUAUAUAUCGAGCCUCCCGCAUGUGCAAAUGAACGUGUUGCAGACAUUCCACUUUGUGUGAAUAAUCACUGGCGAGUUUGUCACUUCCAAGGUACAUGUACAUAUGCAAAAUAAGGCCGGCUAUGAUGGCUGUUUCAGUCCUAGAUUUAAUUGCAUUCUUUUCUGGUUAAGUUGCAAAAUACUGCAACAUCUUUGUGGCACAAUUUCGAUAAGAGGUAAAUUAUACCCUUUUGCUAAUAAUUCAGUACUAGUUGAUGUUUUUCCUCUC